CAGAUAGGUGUGCUGUGAUUGGCUGUGAGCUAAAGGAACAAAGGGUCACCUGGUGGAGACCCCAAAAAGCAGGCUGAUAGACAUCAGCAUCAAAUCUGAGUUUGGACUCACAGACAGAGGAUGGCGUGUGGGAAGAUCCGACUGGCGGCCCUUGUGGUGUGCAUCCUUUUCCUUGGAGACGUGGGAGCAGCUCUCUUUGGACUCGAUUCUGCCCAGAACACUCAUGCCACAGGCUCUCGUCUCUCGGCCCUCAGAGGAAGAAGUGCCAGAGACCUCCUGACAGAAGAUCCCAACCUGUGUCUCUCUCUGAGGGAGGACGAGGAGCAGCGACAGCUCCUGUGUAAUGACCGCCGCAGUAAAUUCAACUACAACCCGUUUGGCCUCCGCUUUGGGAAACGCUACAACAACUAUGUGUUCAGAAAGGCGGUGAAAAGAGCCAGAAGCAGAGGCUUCCUGCCUCUGUCCCUCUUCUCCAGAGAGCUGGAGGUGUCCACCUGAGGGAGUCCUGUCUCCUGCUCACCACGGCUGUAACGUGUGGCAUUUCAUCACGAAUUAAAGGCUUUCCCAUUAAUCAAAG